UCCAGAGUGACAAGGCCCCACGGCUAGCUCUUGUCUACCGCCAGGAGCUAAUGGCAGGGGACAGAACCAAACACUGCGAGCUGGACCAAGAGAAAUAUGACGCUCAUGACAACGUGAAGAUCAUCUGCUUGGGGGACAGUGCAGUGGGCAAGUCCAAACUCAUGGAGAGGUUUCUCAUGGAUGGAUUUCAGCCCCAGCAGCUGUCCACAUACGCCCUGACUCUGUAUAAGCACACGGCCACAGUAGACGGCAAGACCAUCCUUGUGGAUUUCUGGGAUACAGCAGGCCAGGAGCGGUUCCAGAGCAUGCAUGCCUCCUACUACCACAAGGCUCACGCCUGCAUCAUGGUAUUUGAUGUCCAGAGGAAAAUUACCUAUAAGAACCUGGGUACCUGGUAUGCAGAACUUCGAGAGUUCAGGCCGGAGAUUCCAUGCAUCCUGGUGGCCAAUAAAAUUGAUGCAGACAUACAGAUGACUCAAAAGAACUUCAGUUUUGCUAAGAAGUUCUCCCUGCCCCUGUACUUUGUCUCAGCUGCCGAUGGUACCAAUGUUGUGAAGCUCUUCAAUGACGCAAUUCGAUUAGCUGUGGCUUACAAAGAAAGUUCCCAGGACUUCAUGGAUGAGGUUUUACAGGAGCUUGAGAACUUCAAGUUGGAGCAGAAAGAAGAGGGUGACCAAGAGCAGAGUGGAGUGACCAAGAGCCCAUCUCCUUAGUCAGACAGCCACACACGGCUGAGCUGGGGACUUAGGAGCCAUUGGGAGCACCCUACAUCUCUGGAGAAGCUUUCCGGGCCUCCCCUGCUCAACUUCCUGAAAACCCACUGUUGUGUGGUACAUGAGGAGGUCAACACUAGACAGGCGUGCUCUCCCACCAGCUUUCUGCAGCAGGAUGAGGGAUCCUUGGCCUCACAUCUCCCCACCCAACCAGCAGCCUGACAAUGCAGAGGCAGCAAACAUACCCAUAUGUCUUCUCAGUAGACAUUGAGAUGUUUGUUGUCUUUUGUCCCAAGCUGGCCUCAGGGACUGUCCCUUGCACUUCUGCCAAUAGAACGCUGGCUAGCCCCUAACUACUGUGUGUCCCUGCAAAAUCUGUGAUAUUUCCUUCAUUUCCCAACCAACUUUUUCAACAAUUUUUUGACAGACAAGUGUUAGUUCCAGAUUUUUUUUUUUUUAAGGUACUGACUGUUUCAGGAGCUUGCUCUUCGAUGUUGGGUUGAGAGCACAGGAGCAGGACUAUUGCAAUCAAGUGAGAGCGUAAGUCUAGCCAUAUCUGCUCAUGCACACACAUUACUGUUCCCCACCACAUGAACAAAAGUUUCUUUUAAAGCCUCCAUCUCAGGGUAGAAAGCUUUCCUCCACUUCCCGAGAGCAAGUUAAACACUGCAUCUUGUGUGGGUGGCAGGAAGCGGCAGGGAAGAGCAUCCCUACUUUCUGCAGCUUGCUAGUUUACUUUUAUGACUGUCUUGAGCAUCAUUUGCAUUGUCUCCAUUUUGUUUGUAUCAUUUCCUUUUUUACAAUAAAGAUUAAGU